AUGAUGGGACUGAAGAAUGAGAUAUUCCAUCUUUCUUGGUUUAUUACAUAUGCUUUGAAGUUUGCAAUUUCAUCAGGAAUCAUUACUGUUUGUACAAUGGGCAUGUUGUCUAAGUACAGUGAUAAGUCAUUGAUAUUCAUGUAUUUCUUUGUGUUUGGACUGAGUGCAAUAAUUCUAUCCUUCCUGAUCUCUACUUUCUUCACACGAGCAAAAUCAGCUCUGGCAGUUGGAACUCUUGCUUUCCUUGGAGCCUUCUUUCUUACUAUACAAAAGUUCUUUCAGAUUGUAUGUGGCUCAAGUGGAUAUUUGUUCACUUGUAAGGUUUUAAAGAUAUUGGCUUCUUUGCUUUUGCCUACAACUUUUGCUUUAGGGUCAGUCAAUUUUGCUGAUUAUGAGCGUGCACACAUUGGACUCCAUUGGAGCAACAUUUGGAGGGCAUCUUCUAGGGUGUGCUUUCUAAUCUGUCUCAAACUGAUGGUGUUCGACUCUAUAUUGUACUUUGCAAUUGGCCUCUAUUUGGAUAAGGUAUCUAUAUUGUCAUAUUGGGUGUCAACAUAUAUAUGGGACUUCAUAAGCUUCUUAGUCCCUUCCUCAUUUGCGAUGAUUCUCUUUUACAUCAUUGGCUUAGAACAGUUUAUUGGAAGUGGUAUUGUAUUCCCUACAGUUCUCAUUCUAUUGGAAUAUGGUUUUGCAACUGCAUCUUCAACAUAUUGCCUAACCUUUUUCUUUUCAAAACACAGUAUGGCACAGGUAGACUUAUUUCAAAUCUCUGCAUGA